GGACCUUCAAAACUCCCCGGGAGAACGGGAAGUGUCGUAUCACGUGUCAUUCAGAAAUUUAAAAUCCCCGAUUACUCUAAUUGAGCGGAUGAAUUACUUUAAUGGAUGACUAUUUGAAACACGAUUCGAAUAUUGCAUGUGAAUUUAACGCAGAUUUUUUUAAAUUGAAGUGGUUCGCUUGGUUUUAUCCGAUAAGAGCUACUCCUGUGCCAUGAUAAAUCCUUAUCUCUAGACCCAUGUAGAAGCUAGUACAAUAAAGUGAACCAAUGUUUUGUUAAUUAGAUAAGCAGUUUUGUUGUAAAUUUGCACAGAUGUCGAAUAUGUCUGCUACAAAGCAGCUGGUGCUAGGCAUAGAUGUAGGAACUACAUCUGUAAAGGCCAUCUUAGUAUCGAUAGAUUCUAAAGAAAUAAUGGCAAAACAAUCGAAGGAUACCCAAGCAAACGUGCCAAGUGAUUUAGGAGUAGAAGGAAAUAAGCAAGACGUUCCUAAGAUUCUCUCUACGGUCCAUAAUUGUAUUUCUCGUCUUCCCAAAGAUCUAUUACGUCAGGUUCAAUUUAUCGGGAUAUGUGGACAAAUGCACGGUGUAACAUUGUGGAAGUCAGACAAAUGUGUUCAUAAAGAAGAUACUGUUUUUAAACUGGAAAUCAGCCGAGAUGAUGUUUCAAAUUUAUAUACAUGGCAAGAUGGACGUUGCGAUGAAAUGUUCUUAAAAUCAUUGCCUAAAUCAGCAAGUCACCUUCCAAUUCAUACUGGCUAUGGAUGUGCUACUCUAUUCUGGUUUGCCAGAAAUAAACCAGAAAAAUUGCAGAAAUAUGACAGAUGUGGCACCGUACAGGAUCUUGUGGUUGCCUUAUUAUGCAGUAAUGACGAGGUUGUAAUGAGUACCCAAAAUGCAGCUAGCUGGGGAUAUUUUUUAACAGAGAAAAACGAAUGGGAAAAAACUGCUUUGUCAGAGAGUGGAUUUCCACUAGAUCUCUUGCCAUCCAAAAUAUCUUCUGGAGGAAUUGCAGGCAAUUUAGUGCAAACUUGGUUUGGAAUACCAGCAGGCACUCCGAUUGGAGUAGCAUUGGGUGACUUGCAAUGUUCUGCCUACGCUUUGCUGAAAGAACCAACCGAUGCCAUACUCAAUAUUUCAACAUCAGCCCAAAUUGCAUACGUGCAUUCGUCUUUCCAGCCGGAAACCAUAACUGAGUCUGAGAAAAUCGAGUACUUUCCAUAUUUUCAUGGCAAGUACAUUGCUGUCGCAGCUUCAUUGAAUGGUGGGAAUUCAUUGGCUGCAUUUGUAAAGGCACUUCAGCAAUGGGCGUUAGAUCUUGGUUUUUCAGUGCCACAAUCUAAAAUUUGGGAGAAAUUAUUAACUCUCGGAAGUGAUGAUUCCUCGAUUACAGAAAUGGAAAUGAUUCCUACUUUAUUAGGAGAACGCUAUGCUCCCAAACAAACAGCCAGUGUUAGUGGAAUCACAUAUGACACUUUGCAGCUGGGACAGAUUUUUCGAUCACUUUGUUCCGGAGUUAUAAAGAAUCUUCAUAAUACGAUGCCACAAACUGUACUGAAAGAUGCCCAAAUUACUCGGAUAGUUGGAAAUGGUUCUGGACUUGUUCGGAAUCCUGUCUUACAAAAAGAAGUAUUACGGUGGUACAAUUUGCCCCUAGAAAUGGGACAUUCCGGAGAUGCUGCUUUGGGUGCAGCUCUUGCCAUUACCUAUUCAUAGAAAUUGCCUACUUCACUAAAAUAGUAUUACCAAAAUAGUAUAGUAUGUAUGACAGUGGAGGAAUUUUUAGUCUGUUUAUAUUAAAUAAAAAAGAGAAACUAA